GCUGCUGAGUUGCGUGCCGCUGCGUGCGCCAUUCGUGCCCUUCGCGAGCAUUGCGACCCACUGUCCGACGGUUGUUGGUACGCGGCGCUGGUAGAAGCAGUCGUACCGCACUGCGAGAGCGGCAGAGCAGUGUUUGGGCCAAUCGCUCCAUUUGCAGUGGGCGUCGUGCAGCGCUGCGAUACCACAUGCGCAUUGCAUGCUAGCGAGAGUCGGCACCAUGCGCGCACGCGCGCGCUUCUACGUCGCCGCGGCAUUGACGACGGCCAUCAACGCGGUGCAGAUUUUGGAUGGACGCGCGACCGCGAAAGCCAUACGAGCCGAGUUGGGUGCUGAGGUCGCAUCCAUACAAAAAACGCACGGCGUCACUCCUGGUUUAGGAGUGUUGCUCGUCGGCGACCGACGGGACAGCCUGACCUACGUCAGGAUGAAGAGGAAAGCUGCGGACGAGGUCGGCAUUUUUAGUUCUGAUGUAACGCUCCCGGCGUCGGCGUCCGAAGACGACGUAUUGGAGGCGGUAUCAAAACUCAACGCCGACCCCCAGAUCCACGGCAUCCUCGUGCAGCUCCCUUUGCCCUCUCAUAUUGAUGAGUCCAGGAUCCUGGAGACUAUUUCACCAAACAAGGACGCCGACGGUUUUUGUUAUGAGAACGUCGCGCGACUCGUUUUGAGAGGCGGACCUCGACCAUUGGCGACGGCGUGCACGCCGGCGGGCUGCGUCGAACUCCUGCAACGGUACGACAUACCAUUGGCCGGUAAAAGGGCAGUGGUGCUGGGACGGUCCAACGUCGUCGGCGCGCCGGUCGCCGCGUUGUUGCAGCAGUGCGACGCGACGGUGACGCUCUGCCACUCGGCGUCGGAAAAUGUGCCUGAUAUCGUCCGCGAGGCGGACGUCGUCAUCGCGGCCGUGGGCAAACCGGAGUACGUGCGCGGGUCGUGGCUGAAGCCUGGAGCGACCGUGAUAGACGUGGGCAUUAAUGCGGUCGACGACGCGACGAAAAAAGCCGGUUAUCGAUUGGUGGGUGACGUCCACUUCGACGAGGCUUCCCAGGUCGUCUCGGCCAUCACGCCCGUGCCGGGCGGCGUCGGGCCCAUGACCAUCGCCAUGCUGCUGUCGAACGUUGUCAAUUUGACGAAGGCGUCGGUCGGCCUGCCCAUGGCGCCGCUGCCCGGUAGAUUAGCGGAUAAAGUAUGAUACAUU